UGUGUAUGUGGGUGUGUUCUUUUCCAGUGAGCCGCUCCGGUUAGUCACUCAGUUUUAGUUUGAGAAGUGUUUAAGAAGGAAUGAGCGCGAUUUGCGUGGCGUUUGGAGCAUUUAAAGUAUUUUCAACACGCCGAUCUUUUGUUAUAUAUAUAGGUAAUACACAUUUAACAAGAAACGUAAACGCGUUUUUGGAAUUAGCCGACUGUUUCGCCUUAUUGAGCGAAUUAAAGCGAAUGGUUAGGCAGCGACAGUGACUCGUGCUGAUUCAAGUUAAAUCUUACUGUAUUUUUUCGCUGAUAUAAAGCUCAGUUUUUGGAUGUGUCAGAGUUUCUUUUCAAAUGUCGUGGACGAGCACCAUGAGUAGUGGAUACAGUAGUUUGGAAGAGGAUUCAGAGGAAUAUUUUUUCACUGCCAGAACUUCUCUGUUCAAGAAGCCUUUGCUUAAACCUCCGAACCUCAAGGAUGUGGAGAAAGAGAAGGAGCUGCGAACUCAUCUCACUUUUGAGGAGAUCAGACAGAAGGUGGACCGGUACAACAGAGACUCACGAGACUUCUACAAAAUGUCACUGAGUUCCAGUGGCACAUACACUGGCUUCAUCAACGUGCAGAUGGACCUGCGGCGGCCCAUUACUGUUAAAGGAGGAGGCGCAGGAGGAGUCAAAGCAAAGGAGGCCUUUUACCUGCCCCGCGGCUCCAUCAACACCCUGCACAUCAGCAACAGCAACACGGUGCGACAGGUGAUCGAAGCCCUGCUCAAGAAGUUCACCGUCGCAGACAACCCUGCCAAAUUCGCCCUCUACAAACGCUUCAGCAGAGAAGACCAAGUUUACACCUGUAAGCUCUCCGAAGAAGAGCACCCUCUGUUUCUGCGUCUGGUGGCAGGACCGAAUACAGACACGCUCAGCUUUGUACUCAAAGAGCAGCAAACCGGUGAAGUCAUGUGGGACGCCUUUUCCAUCCCUGAACUGCAAAACUUCAUCCGCAUCCUGGAAAAAGAGGAGCAGGACCAGAUGUGCUCCAUAAGCAGACGCUACAACACGUAUAGAGAGAAACUGGAGGAGGCCAUGAAAACCGCGGCAGGACGUCCUGGAUAAAGCCAACAUACAGUACAGAGUAACAAACGAACUGUAGCGCUGCUGCCUCUAGUGGUCACUGCGUGUCAUGAACACUCAUUACUGUGCCAACAGGACACCAGAAACUCACAGGAGUUAAAACUGACCUCCCACAAUGCACCCCGUGUGCCAUAUUUACCAUCGUUUUCCACUCUUUCACACUUAUUUCUCUUCCCUUACCUCUCGUGGAAACAAUCGGAGCGUAUUUAAUUGGAUGCUGUGGUUUGUACAUAUUUUUGUUUGUUGUUUUAAUUUAUGUUCGUUUAUUUUACUGAAGAGUCUUAUUUUAUUUCAAGCGCACGCAGACGGAUGGGAAUCGGGGAUUAUUUUUUAGAUUCUAGUUAUUUUAAAUACCAAAUGACCUAAAACGGACGUACCCAACCAAAGACAAUGUUAGGCUUUGACGUGCUGUCGACAAAUGUAGAGCAGACGGACAGGAAGGGUUUGUUUAUUGUUGGAUGCGGUGAUGUAGGGACAGGAAAUGAGAUGCGAGUUGCUAAACAAAUGGCAUCAGUGCAUUUGUUUUUAUUCAAUCAGAGAAUGAGAUGUAGGUUAUGGAAGUGGGAUUUGAGGAAGUCGUUGAUGGAAAUGUUGGAAAGUUUGCUUAAAUGAUUGUUUUUGGGGACUUUUUUGGCGAACGCUGGGUCAAAAUGACCUUUUCCAAAGCUAAUAGCAUCUGCAAAUUUAAAUUAAAAGGACGUCUUCAAGAUAAACGACUGAAUAUGGCAGUAAUUCAUGUUUGUUUUGAAGCUCCAGCCUUAAAAUAGCUACAUGUACUUGGCUGCAGUGUGAUUAUUUGUGCUAGUGAUUUGUGUGUUUAUAUAAUCACGCUGAUCUGCUGCACCAGGAGGAUGCAAAUAAAGUGGUGCACGAUCUGGAGACGUAGCUGGAACUGUUACUGUUGUGAGUUAAUUGAGUACUACUUUGUCACAGCACACAUGGUCAACAUUUAAAGUGAUGCAUAUGUCAGUAGGUGAUUUUAAUAGACGCGUUUAAUCUCUGUAUGCUAGUGCUGCAUGACGGUUUUCUGAUUGGUACUGCAACAUUAUGUCGAUGUAUGGCUGGGGAUAUGGCGCCCUCUUGUGGUUAACUGCUGUAACUACAUCUCUGCAGUUUAGUCGGUGUGCUUUUUUUUUUUUUCGAAAGAAUUUAUUUCUGUAUUAUUAUUUUGUUGUUGUUGAUAUUAUUAUUGGUUUUAUAUUGAAGCUUUUAUUUAGAAGCUUGUGGAAUUAAAAUAAAGGUAAUUGCGACUUUUUGUUUCACAAUUCAGACAAAUUUCCGGAUAUUUACGAAGUUAACGUCUUAUAUUUGGGACUUUCCUAAAAAUGUGACGUUAUUUUGUGCAAUUUUUAAGUUAUAAUCUGCUAAAAGAUUGAAUUGUGAGAGCCUUUAAACCUGCAUUAUAAAAAAAAAACGUCUCAAUUUUUUGUAAAAUAGUCAUUAUAUAAACUAGCUGCCAUUUUGGGACUUUACGAAAUAGUUAAAUUUUCAAAAACGCGUCAGAAUGAUGAAAGAAUAAGUCGCAAAUUCCCAUUUAGUUUCAUGUCAUGGCGGAAAUGGGCUCGGUUAUAUAAACCUCUAACCAAAGAUAUAGUUAUAAUGCGUCGUUUAAUUUAAGUUUGAAAUCAAUUGCCUGGUGCAAUCAGUUUUGUGCGCCUCGAUAAGCCGAGGUUAAAUUACAGUAUGUCUUGGCAACUCUAAUGUAAACACUGGGGUGAAUAUGAAUUAGCUUAAUUAGCGUAUAUCGUUGUGUGAACAUCACGACAGUCUCAAAAUAUAUAUAUAUAUGCAAUGGAAGAGGAUUUGUCAGGGGAAUAAGACCAGUAAUGCUUUUUUUGGGCACUUUAUGUCUAUGUUAAUUCAGGGAAUUAUUUGAUUCGAUUUUAUCAUUAGACUUCUUCAGAUGCCUGUUGUCUUCCACUGUGUUUUAAAUGGCAUUGCAUCUAGUGGAAGGUCUUUUUUUUUUUUUAAUAAUUAAAGCUGUUUCAGUACUUGAUUUUAUUUCAUAAACAAGCUUUUGUUUGUAGAGUAAGACUGUGAAUGAAUGUGAAACUGUAUUGAUGUGUAGUGGAAGGGUUUUAGAUGCACACAUGCAUGUGUUAUAUUAAUUCAUGCAUAUUGUUCAGGCUGUUUUAAGACCUCCGCGGCCGUGUUUAGACCCACAACUCUGCACUUGCCAAAAACUCUCUCUCUUUUGUUUGUUCUGAAAGUUACCUACGUAUGAUAGAGGGUUUGAUGGAUGUUUAUGAAUGAGGUGAGCUUCAUUUUAUAGAAGUCGAUGAGUUUAUUGAGCAUCUGUGUUAUCCUGAUGAAUCCUGAUGUCAUGCUUUUUUUUUUUUUUUUUUUUUUUUGAGGGUUUGUGUUGUAACCAAUCGUGGCCUUUCUUGUUGAAGACAUGGUUUCUUUAAAUAAAGAUGCAAAAUUUCUCAAC